AUGGCAGUGAAAAUCGUGGGUGCAGCUUGCAACGGAGAGAUUGAUGCUUGCGGGGGAGCUUGGGAUUGUGUGGGUGUUGGUGAAAGAACGCAGCAGCAAUGGAGGUCCACACAGCGGCACCGGACGACGUCCGGCGACGCGGACCACCCCAUCUCUAGAUCUGAUGCAACCCGACGUACAUCCACCUGGAUCUACUACCGGAGGGUCACCCUGCACUGGAAUAAUCUGUCGUUUUCCUGGCUAGGAGGUCUGCCGAUGCAUCGGUUAGCUGGUACACCGGCUAUUGGGUGGUUAUCGGGUUAUUUGAUACAGAUUGGUUUGAUUCUUAACUUUGCCACGAUUCAUCCUUCAGAGACAACGUCAGAGUCCAAGAUCUGUGAUAUAGAAGGAGCGAAUCACGUUGACAGAGUAGGUGUGUUAAUCUCUGUUUGGGUCACUGGAAUCUUUGUUUUUGAUGGCGACGCGAGAAAAAGACCAAGUAGUUGUGGGAGUAGGAGGAGGAGGAAAAUGUCCGCUUCUCUUGCGGCAUUUGAGCGUCCUCGUAUCGGCACUUCAAACACGGUCUUCAAGAGUGGGCCGCUGUUCAUAUCCUCAAAAGGUUUAGGUUGGAAGUCUUGGAAGAAGCGUUGGUUUAUCUUAACGCGAACGUCUUUGGUUUUUUUCAAGAAUGAUCCGAGUGCACUUCCGCAACGAGGUGGUGAAGUUAAUUUGACGCUGGGGGGUAUCGACUUGAAUAACUCUGGAAGUGUUGUUGUCCGAGAAGACAAAAAGCUUUUAACAGUAUUGUUCCCAGAUGGGCGUGAUGGCCGUGCAUUUACUCUAAAGGCAGAGUCUUCUGAAGACUUGUACGAGUGGAAGACAGCACUUGAACAAGCUCUUGCUCAAGCACCAAGUGCUGCACUUGUGAUGGGCCAUAAUGGAAUAUUUCGAAAUGAUAAUGACUCGAUUGACAGUUCCUUUCACCAAUGGAGGGAUAAACGUCCUGUUAAAUCCAUGGUUGUUGGGCGACCCAUCUUGCUGGCACUAGAAGACAUAGAUGGUGGUCCAUCGUUUCUUGAAAAAGCUCUACAAUUUCUUGAGAAAUACGGAACCAAAGUAGAGGGAAUUUUACGUCAAUCUGCUGAUGUUGAGGAAGUAGAUCGACGGGUUCAGGACUAUGAACAAGGUAGGACUGAGUUUGAGCCUGAUGAGGAUGCUCAUGUCAUAGGUGACUGUGUUAAGCACGUUCUUCGGGAGUUGCCUUCAUCUCCAGUUCCUGCUUCCUGUUGCACUGCCUUGUUGGAAGCCCAGAAAAUUGAUGGAAAGGAAGCACGGGUGAAUGCUAUGCGCUCUGCAAUACUGGAGACGUUCCCCGAACCCAACCGGCGCUUACUCCAGAGAAUUUUGAAGAUGAUGCAUACGAUUUCAACCCAUGUGUCUGAAAAUCGGAUGACUCCCUCAGCUGUUGCUGCUUGCAUGGCACCACUUCUAUUGCGACCGCUUUUGGCUGGUGAAUGUGAAUGUGAAGAUGAUUUUGAUGUGGAUGGAGAUAAUUCUGCUCAGCUUCUUGCUGCAGCAAAUGCUGCUAAUAAUGCUCAAGCUAUUGUUACAACACUUUUGGAGGAGUAUGAUAAUAUCUUUGAUGAUGAUAAUCUACAAAGAUGCUCCAUUUCUGCCGAUUCUCAUAUUGAAAAUAGUGGGAGUGAGGAAUCAUCUGAUGAAGAGACGCUGAAUAAGAAAGAUAAUGGUUAUCAUGAUGCUGAAAAUGAAGUUGAUCUAGAAACUGAUGAUGAUGAUGAUCGCGUGCUCAGUGGGAAGCUAAGUGAAACUAGCGGUUCAGUUGCCAGUGAUCUUUAUGAUUACAAGGCUUGUGGAGGCGACGAUUCAGACUUUGGAUCUCCUAGAGGAAAUAAUUCAUUUGGACCGAAAUCAAAUCCAUCUGUAGACUCUCAAGUACAUCAGGACACCAGCAUCCCUUUUAAUGAACAAGUUAAUUUAAAAAAGAAUACAAAAUUGAAUGGAAGGGGUUCUUCUAGCCAACUAGCUGGUAGUGAGCCCCAACGAUCCAUGGGGGAGAUAUUGUCCUCAAUUGAUCACGGGCUACAUCAAUCUAAUUCUGGGCCUGAAACAUCUGUAGAUAAGUCGAUUAACAGAGUUGCUACAUCAAAUACCAACACUAAGAAGUCAACCUUUUGGGGAAGAAACAAUGGUAGGAAAACUCCUCUGGCGGGCUCCUUUGAUUCUUCUGGAGAGGAAGAGCUUGCCAUACAGAGACUUGAGAUAACAAAAAAUGACUUGCGACAUCGGAUUGCUAAAGAGGCCAGAGGAAAUGCUAUAUUGCAAGCAAGUUUGGAGAGGAGGAAGCAAGCUUUACAUGAGCGUCGCCUAGCUCUGGAGCAAGAUGUUGCCAGAUUACAAGAACAGUUACAAGCUGAGAGAGACCUAAGGGCUGCGUUAGAAGUAGGAUUGAGCAUGUCUUCAGGCCAGUUUUCUGGUUCUCGUGGCAUGGAUUCAAAGACAAGGGCUGAGCUUGAGGAAAUAGCCCUUGCUGAAGCAGAUGUGGCAAGAUUGAAACAGAAAGUUGCUGAACUUCACCAACAACUUAAUCAGCAACGUCAGCAUCACUAUGGCUCUCUAUCUGAUACAAGUGACCGUUAUCAGCAUGCCUCGAAUCAUAUUUCUCAACAAAAAUAUUUCCAGCAAGAUUUUGAUGCAACGCUUGCUUUCUGCAACCACGAAAGGAAACAAAGAACGGAGGAAUUAUUAGGGUCUGAUUCGAGGAAUGUUAAAGGACAAUUGUUAGCCUCUGGUAGCAGUAGCAGGCAGCCUACUAGAAAGCAGUUUAUGGACUCGCCAAGCUUGGGUGAUUCCAAAAGUACAGAAGCAUCUACAAGUCUUUCUUUGGAGGAACUUGGUGCUGUUGAUUCAACUUCAGUACCAUCUUCCUCAAGGGCAGAGGUGAUUGACUAUAGUAGAAAUCCAUCAACAGCGUCUUCCACUUUGAUAGAGUUGACAACACGUCUGGAUUUCUUCAAGGAACGACGAUCUCAACUGAUGGAACAACUCCAUAACCUAGAUUUAAACUAUGGAACAACGGCACAUGACUUAAUGUACAAAGCAGCUUCACCUCGUUGGAAUUAA